CAACCAAAUCCCCAGUCAGAGCGCCGCAGAAAGGACCGCGAUGGGCUUGGGUGACUACAGCCACUUCAGACAGCGGAUGUCCCGGGGACUCCACGGGGUCUCGGGCAGGGCUGCCCUGUGGUCCCCAGCCUUUCAUCCGGUGCGCCGCAUCCCUUGCGGCACCUGGCGCGUCGAGGCGCAGGAGCAGGUCCGGGCGUCCGGCCCGGUGCUGGAUCACCUCCGGCGACAGCUGGAGCGCGCCUUCCAGCGGGCGGCGGCACGCGGGCGAGCGAGGCGCGCGCGGGAGGCGGUGGCGGCGGUGGCGGCGGCCGCCGCGGCCGCGCGGGAGGAGCGGACCCGGGCGCGCAUGGAGUGCGCGCUGGCCCGGCUGCGCGCGGAGCUGCUGGAAUUGCGUUUCCAGAACCAUCAGCUGGCCCGAACUUUACUGGAUUUAAACACGAAAAUGCAGCAGCUGAAGAAGCAGCAGGACCUGGAGCGUGCAUCCAAAUCCCAGAGCCCGGAAGAUGAUGCGAUGAAUCCCGAGUGUGGAAACGCAUAGUGGAAAGUCCAAGCCCGCAUCUCUGAAGCAGCCCUGAACCUCACCAUAACACAAGCGACACUGAAACCAUUCUAGCACUAACACUAGCCAUGCUGUGUGUGUGUUCUGAGGGACAUUCUGUCCAGCAAAUCUUAGGUGUAAGGAGGAAGUGGGGGGAGAAAGAAUCUAAGAAAGGGGAGAGAGACAUUUCUUGAAGCUUAAAAAAUAUUCAUCCAUUGGAUUGACUGGUUAUUGUUUUAGUAGGAGGAAGAGAAGAAGGAUGAGAGGAGAGAAAAAGGGGGGAGUUGAAAACCCAAAGCAUUAAAGACUGCCUUACCGCCAGCUUACCACCUUGCACAUUACCUUAUUACCUUCCUUUCUGUAGUUUGGUGCGGACUUGCAGAAUCCGUGCUUGCUCUUACUUUAUUUAUUUUUGGUCCAUCUAGUAGUCAAUCCAGUACUCUUCUGACUUGUGAAACUGAGAAUUGCUAGUGCCUGGAUUCCAGCCAUGCUCUCCAUGUGGCCAGCAUUAAGGGUGUCUCGGUUUCUUGCUGGAUGUAGUCAUGGACGAAAUGCAUAAUUAUUCUCCUAAAAUCUCUUGCCUCAGUUGAUUCAAGUUUGAGUUUCAUGAUGUACACCCCUAAAUUCCUAACUAACAUAAGUCUUUGAUUCAAUUAACUUAGGCGUUAAAAUGGUUCUUCUCGUUGCAUUAAAACAUCUCAUUGUACCCCAAAAGUGCUUCUCAAUGCAAAAGUAAAAUUAAUAAAAAAAAGUUGCAGACCUAA